UUUCGCUUGUGGACCCUCUCUCUCUCUGUUUUGCUUUGAGUCCUUAUAAGGUAGAGUUUGUAUAACUUAUUGGGAAUGAGGGAAAAAGAAAGGCCACAAAAUUAUCAUAGCAUAAGCUGCGCGCAUGUUCUCUUCCUCAUCGAUUUCCUCUGCCAAUUUUUCUUCGAUGCUCUCUUUUAAGCAUAAAUUCUCUGCUCUUAUUCAUUAUUGAUCGUUACCAUUGUUGUAAAGAGGCCAAACUGGACAUCUCCAUCGCCUGUUUUCUUUCUUUCUUUCUUUCUUUCCACUUCCAAACAACUACUUUCUUUUUGCCCACAGAAAACAACACCCUCUCCGCUGGCCCAAUAUACAGACAAUUAUCAGCAGGGUGACCAAUAACAAUGAGUAGUGAACCCCAUAACUCAGAAACAGAAAGCAGCUCCAACUCAUUAUCAUCCAAUCCACCAUCCCCAUCUUCGCCUGGAGAUAUCAAACUGCAGUCACCAGAGUCCAGAAAAGACAAGCGCAUCCGGGACUCCGCCAAGAAACCAGUAUACCGCGGCGUCCGCAUGAGAAACUGGGGAAAAUGGGUGUCCGAAAUCCGCGAGCCUAGAAAGAAAUCCCGCAUUUGGCUCGGCACUUUCCCUACCCCGGAAAUGGCCGCUAGAGCCCACGAUGUGGCUGCUCUGAGCAUCAAAGGAAACUCGGCCAUACUCAAUUUCCCGGAGCUCGCCCACUCACUGCCCCGCCCGGUCUCGCUCGCUCCACGUGACGUGCAGGCCGCGGCGGCCAAAGCAGCCCAGAUGGAUAAGUUCGACUCGCCAUCGUCGUCGUUGUCGUCGCUGGUUUCGGGGAUGGACUUGUCGAAAGAGUCGGAGGAGUUGAGUGAGAUCGUAGAGUUGCCGAGUUUGGGGACGAGUUAUGAGUCAGAGUACUCGGGGAAGGAGUUCGUGUUCGUGGAUUCGGUGGAUGGGUGGGAGAUGUACUCGCCGCCAUGGCUGCAAAGCGUGGAGGAUGGUGGGUAUGCUUGCGAUCAAUUGGCAGUGCCAGAUCAGAAUGGAGCACCAAAUAGCUUUGAAGCUGGUUUAUAUGUGGGAUAUAAAUAUUAGCUUAGUGCUGUAUUUUGUGAAUUUUUAGGUUCCGAAAAGGAAAACGCAUUAAUUUCGUUGCCAUGUUUGUUGCAAAGUGGUAAUUAACAGAUGAAGGCCUCUGCCUCGCACAUGCUUCCUCAUCUCGCAGAUGAAUGCCUCCCCCGGCCCCCCUUUCCAUCUCAUCUCUCUCGAGUAGGAUGUUAUAAAUUAUGAUCAAAUGCACAAAAGUUCCAAGUUUCAUCUUGGAGAAUGAAUCUUGUCUAGCUAAUUCGUUCGUGCUCGUUCCAAAAACGAAAUCCUAUGAAGAUCCUCAUAAAGUGAAGUUGACCAUCUUGUCCGCCACAUUAUUGUGCCUCCCUCGUAUACAGUGAAUAUUCAUUAAGUUUUAACUGAAA